GCUUCUUACUUUACCAAAUCUCAAACUUUUCGAUCUCUACGAUCUCAUCAAUCAUCAUGCCCGAGUACUCGCUCGAGAUUGCCAAUGACACCACGAAAGCCCUGCGCUUUGUGCUCUAUCAGGAAAAUCCUUUUGAAAGUACUGAUGGGUUUGCGAACAUCUGGAUGGCCGCAAAUGUGUUUGAUGGUGCUUCUCGGACUUGGGUCCUUGAUACCAAUUAUUACGCAUGGGCUGGCACGAAUGAUCAGCCCGUUUCGGACAACGUGACUAUCCGCGGAGGCAAGACUUUGCCAGCCACUUUGGGUACAGGCGCGGAAAAAGGCAGCACGUUUGAAACCACGGUGGAGCCCGAUAAGGGAAGAAAACCACAACAAGUGCGAGCACCUGGUACAGUUAAUGUGAACAUUUCGGACACUGGUAAACCUGAUGCUGGUCCCGGUGAUUUCCAAAUCUUGACCAAGGACGACUUCAACGUUGGUUCGGACGUGGUUAUCAUUGGUUUGGGCAAACGGGAUGAAAACAAUACUCCAGUCCCUGUUGCUACGAUCAACGCGGACCCUUCAAAGCAAUACAAUCUCAAACCCAUCCUCAAGGGAAGUAUUGUCCAAUCUGACUCAGGCCAGGUAGGCCAGGCCCUCAAGUACAGCUCUAUCAGUAGAGAUGCGGGACUCGUCGAUUUUACGAGCCCCGAAGCCGAGGGAAAAUUCCACGCCCAGGUCAGGUUCAACGAAAAGGGAAAAUUCGAGAAAGCUACCUACUGGUAA